AUGUCGACGCAGCGCAUAUGGCGCCGAUUUCUAUGUUCAAUACGCAGGCAAAACCUAGCUUGCCGUCCCGCCCCAGCCUCCUCACAGGAGGGGGUCAAAUUACCUCACAAUGACCCGCUAAAAUGCCUCAGAACCGACCCGCCCAAAUCGCCUCGGGCGGGCCGCGCCCCUCCCCCACCUCCCUCAGACGGCGGAAUCAGCCUCUCAGGCCCUUCCCCGGCCUCGGUCCGUGGCCGCCUCCUCACACACAGGAGAAAGUCCCAGCUUUCAAGGCCAGGAUCCAAGGCAGUGGCGAGCUCACCACCCGACCGGGCGUUGCCCGGCGCUCGCAACUGCCUUUGUCCCUCCCCACGGAAUUGGAACCCAACAACCGCAGCGCGCUCUUGGAACCAUGUGCUGCCGCCGCCGCUGCCGCCGCCGCAGACGCCGCCGCCGCGAAACCAGCCGCCCGCGCGCCGCGCUGGAUCAGAGGAUGACGGGACUCAGCACCACGAAAUUCGGCGUUUAGGACUGCUCCGCCGCCGCUGCCGCUGCCGCAGCCGCUGCCGCCACCUCAGCCACCGCUUUGUCUCCACUGGUGCACACAGCCCGGGCCGCCUCGCGCACUCCCCGACGCCCCAAGCCCCCGAGGCCUCCGCGGCGCCUUCGACCAAUCACAGAGCCGCAGCUCCUCCCGCCCCCGCCCUAAUGCGACGCCUCUUGAUUGAAAAAGACAUUCAUCUACACUACCAGUCAUUCCCUUUAAUCCUGUCAAAAUGAGGGGCUUAAGAAUGAGGAUGAUCGUCUGUUCUAGAGUCUAAUGAACACUGUAUAAGAGUUGAUGGUUGAAAAACCAAAACGCCUGAAACUCAAACCUAGUAUCUUGCCUACUAUCUCCAUGCCUCAGAUCUCAUCAGUCAACCAAUCUGAGGCCUCGACUUAUAUAUAAGGUGAUUCUCACAGAUAGGCUGAGUUACAGAGGAUGGAGACUUGAUUACCAAAGAAAGUAGGGCCAAUCUUGAUAAACCUGGCUCUCCCAACCUUAUCAAUCCCAGAUGUAGCAUAGGUUCCUAAACGGAACCUCAAGUCUGAAUUGAGGAUAAAGCCGUCUCCUGAGCUGAAAGCUCUGGGGAAAUGAACAGGAAAAUGAAAGCUGCUGUGCCUGACUGGCCCUUUAAGAUCAGAAAAAUGUAUCCAGAGUAAAGCCUGUGGAUUAACCCUGGAGUACUCAGGAUAAGAACUGAUUUACAGAGCUUCAAUAGUCAUCAUCCUGUUCUUCCAGAUCACGUCUGGCUAAUAGUAUGGCUGGCCCUGCUGAUGGUACCCUACUUGCCUGGUUACCUGAUUCAGCCCUUGCCUGCCUUUUUGGACAUGUUGCUGCAAACAGACAGACUGUGCUUGAGAAGACUACCAGUGAUCUUGGCCUAACUUAUACCCAGGCCCACCAAGGAAUUUUGAACAGAAGCAACCUGCACCUCAGCCUACCAGGACUUAAUGUUCACAACAGGAAGGACCAUUCUGUAUAAUCCUUGACCAACAGCUUUUUCUUGUUGUUAAGUGCAGAGUAAGCCUCUACACCUGUAUUUGAUUGUUUUCAGCACCUGGGACCCCUUUGAUCAGAUCUGCAGGAGUACAGCAGAUUGAAAUCAUUGUCCAUUCCUCUCUCGUGCACUAAUACAGAGAUGAGUCUGAUUCAUCAGCACUCACAGAAAUGUACCAGUUCAACUUGGCAAAAGACUUAACACAAGAAAACUCUUCCACUGAACUUAAAAUUUACCACUGACUUGAAUAGCCUCACAGAACUGUUCGCUGGUGGGAGGCUCGUUAUCCUGCUUUAUGUCAGCAAGACAGUUGGGCCUUCAGACUCAUGACCACUGAGUUUACUUAUAUUGAAACUGUGUUGUAUCAUCCAGAGUAUGCUAUUGAAGAUGAUUGUUUCAUUCAAAUGGAUUACAAACUUCCUGUGAACAGGACAAACUUACUCCUCAUGAUGUUCUUCCAGAGUAUUAUCGAGGAAGUAACAAUGUUAGCAUCAACUUUAUGACCAGAGAUUAAAUUUUUGCAUUAUCUGGUCUUAUCAUUGGCAGGAGUUGUUUUUGAUUGACCAGCAUCCAUUCCAUCUCUUUGUAACAACUCCCUGAUGUUUCUUGGAACCAUAUUUACCUGUUUUCAGUCCACAUGGUUCAGACCUGAUCCAUCAGCAUAGUCCAUCUCCUUGACUGUAGUGAUUGGUUCAGGAAUGUUCAUGUGAUUCAAGUUGGUCUAGUGAUACUGAAGCCCAGGAAUUUUACUGAACUGUGGAGGAGGAGAAGCUCAGAAGCUCUCUUUAUUGAAGUCGCUUAGCUUUGUAAGAUGAAAAACUCAAACCACCAGGGCCCACCAUAUCAAAUGAGCCAGUCAGAAAGUGCCAGUGCAGAAGAAAGCAGAGCCAAAUGAUGGAGAGACUUGAGUCCUGAUAACAAAGUUUGUGCCCCUGGAUCCAACCGUGCCUGAAGCUAGUAUAUCCCCUGGACUUUUCAGUUAUGUGAACCAAUAAAUACCCUGUUUUGCUUAAGUUA